AUGGGGGAGGGGCAGUGCGAGAUGGAACCUGCCGCGAGGAAAGCUGUCCCCGAAGGGGUGUUCGAGGGAGUGCCCCCCCACCCCGGACGACUGCCCGAUGAGAAGGUGGACGAAAUUCUGUGCGAAGCGAGCGAUGAUGAAGGCGACCAGGAAGGAGGGACCUCCGCCGAGAGUAGUAGACGUAGUAGUAGUAUCUCCCCCUCUCAGGGAGACUACUUCUACAUAAACGACGCAAUCAAGCACAACUACCCCCUGGAGUAUGAGGAGAACAAAAUUUACCCAAAGGUGUAUUGCUACGAGCCAAGCAAUUUCGACAAUUUCAAGAAAAAAAUAAAAAACCAAAACGAACUUAGACACUACGAAUGCUACUCCUCCACCAUGAACGAAUUUUUUUACAAAUACAACGACAAGUACUACGAGGACAUUUUGAAGAAUGAGAGCUUCAAGAAGUUUGCAUUCGAGCUGUGGUCCAAGAGGAAGGAGAUAAAGAAUGAAACGGAGUACCACAAUUUGUGCAUCCAGUUACGGAAAAAAUAUAAAGUGAGUCCAUCCAAGCACCAGAUUAGCGUAGCCCUGCAGCAUCAUUAUUUGCAGGCGGCGCGUAACUCCAAGGAGGGGAAGGACAGCCUCCUAUCUUCCCCUACGGAGGAGCCCAACAAUGCUUCCUCCACUUCUCACACGUCCGACGUGUCGAACGAGUUCAACGCGGGUGCAGAUGGAAGCACCAACGAGGAGGAGGAGGAGGAAGAGAAGCAGGAGGAUGAGCAGCAUGAUCAAGGGAACACCACUAAUGGAAGACCAGAUGACCACCAGAUGGACUUCCUACAGGGGGAGAUACUCUCCGGGAGGGGAUUGUCGGAAUGCGGGGAGGACGUACCCCCCAAGGAGGAGGCAAAAGGGAAGGCCCACCAACGGUGUGAAGACAUGACCCAGCAGAGGGAAAAGGAGCCGAACAACCCGGUUAACGCCGACGAGGAGGACAAGAUCGAGGUGAACAAAAAAGGGAAGGACGUCAAGUUCGUCCUAGAAAAUGUUAGCAACAUGAUCGUCACGACAGAAAUAAAAAACUACAAGGAUUUGGACAAGGAUAGCGUCCACUUUUUGCAAAUAAAUAAACGAAAGGGCGUGCGAUCGAACAGCGGCGUUCUAGUCGUAACGAUCAUUACACACCCCCACAAAUUCAGCUGCAAGUACGAUUGCCACUAUUGCCCGAAUGAACCCAAUCAGCCCAGAUCUUACCUCUCUACCGAACCAGCAAUUUUGAGAGCAAACCAGAACAACUUCGACGUGAUUUGUCAAUUUUUCAAUCGAACCACCACACUAGUUAAUAACGGACAUGUGGCAGACAAGAUUGAAGUGCUUGUCCUGGGAGGCACGUGGAGUUGCUAUGAUGUCGCAUACCAGAGGGAAUUCAUAAGGGACGUGUACUACGCAGCGAAUAUAUACCCCGUUUUAAAAAAUAGAAGAAAAAAAUUCAGCCUAGAGAAAGAGCAAGAGAUUAACGAGACAAGCAGCUGUCGCAUUAUUGGAUUAACUUUAGAGACGAGACCGGAUCAGAUAAAUAAAGAUGAGUUGAUUCGAUUACGAUCGUAUGGAUGCACGAGAGUACAGUUGGGUAUACAGCACACAGAUGACUUUAUUUUAAAGAAGGUCAAUAGACAAUGCACUCUACAGGAUUGUAUCAGAGCUAUCUAUCUUCUCAAGGAAAACGGAUUCAAAGUCGAUAUCCACCUCAUGCCUGAUUUGCCUUACUCAGAUGUGAAGAAAGACGUGGAGAUGUUUAAAUACGUCCUCAGCUCCACUGAUUUGCAAGCCGAUCAGUGGAAAAUCUACCCUUGCGAAAUUACUCCUUUUACGAGGAUUGAGAAGUGGUACAACAAUAACGAAUUUAAACCUUAUUUCGAAACGGACAAGAAUCUCCUCAUCUGCUUAAUCUUUCUUGUGAAGAAGUCUAUCCAUCCUUGGAUUCGCCUGAACAGAGUCAUACGGGAUAUUCCUAACCCCUCCAUCAUUGCCGGAAAUAAUAUAACAAACAUGAGGCAACUCAUCGCCAACGAACUGAAUAUUCGAUCCAUUUUUUGCCAGUGCAUCCGAUGCAAGGAAGUGAAGAACCAAGAAAUUGAAAAGAAAGAGGGCUCAGUUUUUCUGCAAAUAUAUCAGUACUCGACUCUAGGGGGGGAGGAGUUCUUCCUCACCUUUCAAGGGGUGAAGAAGGCUCGAAAGGGAGCGCCCACCGGUGCGAAGAGGAAGAAGGUCAAGAAGAGGGAGCUGCAUCAGAAUCAGCAUCAGGGGGAUGGAAGAGGCAAUAGGAAGGAAAGCCACAAUAGGAAGGGAAGCCCUGGGAACCCCACCCGGAUGAACGAUCUCGUCGAGGCACCCCCUGCGCCGCCUCAAAGUGAGGGAGCUGACGAAGAUUGCAUAGGGCUCUCCUCUGUGAAUUUGUUCGCCGAGGGGGGCUACUCGGAUGGCCCUUCCCCCCCGCAGAGCGGCGGGGAGAGUACCGAGGUGGCCACCCCUUUAGGCGUGAUGGCUUCCAAUGGGGUAGCGGCUUCCAACGGGGUGACCACUUCCAACGGGGAGGCCACUUCCAACCGCUUAACCGCACUCCAUACCCGAGACGACAACAACGAGCGGGCGCUGCUGGGCUUCCUGCGUCUUCGACUGCGCAAUCAAAACGACUACUGCGAUGAUAGGCCCUUUAAGUGCUUGGAGGGCGCGGCCCUCAUCAGAGAGCUCCACGUAUACGGCUCGUUACUAAAGCAUGACGAUUUCAAGGAAGACCUAAACUUCGUGCAGCAUAAGGGACUGGGAAAGUGUCUAGUCCUCGUUGCAGAAUUGAUUGCCUACCACUAUGGCUAUAAAAAAAUGAGCAUAAUUGCAGGGGUAGGGACAAGAGAGUAUUACAAGAAGCUGGGGUAUGUAAAGGAAGAAACAUACGUCACGAAGGAGCUGAAGAGAGAGUGUCUCUAUCAGCAGUAUUUGCUGAAUGCGGAUCGGAUUGGAAAACAGAUAAUCAUUCAGAAUUAUAACCUGAAGCAUUGCCUUUACCUGAUGCAUCGGAGCAUCCCCACGCCGCGUCCUUACAAGAGGAGCGAAAUUGAAGACGACAUGAAUACGUUUAUUAGCGAAAAUAUUCUUAGCGUGCGGUCGGACGAGUACCUGCACUGUCAGCAGGAGUGCAGCGGAGUGUGCGUUAUAGACGUUGAGCGGGAUUUAUUCGCACAAGGGGAGGAGAAGCAGAGGAAGCAGAAGCUGCUGAGGAAGCUAACGGAGUUAACGAAGAUGACGAAGGACUUUUCUCUGCGCGCCGUCCUCAGACAAUGGAUAGGCCCAAUUGCCCACUCGUACGGCACGAACAGCUGGGUUCGUAGCGCCUCUUUUUUGUUCUUUUUUAGUACCACUAUGUUUGUUGGCGUUUCUCUUUUGGGAAACCGUCGGAUGGGGCGCCUCUGA